AUGACCUCCCUUAGCGCAGACCGUUCACGGCAGUCGUGGGCGGAUGUGCCGCAAGAGAGCCUCGAGAUGGAAGAACAGGGCGAGAGAAACCAUUCGGGUUUACCAAUGCUGGACGACGAACAUCCAAAUCGCUAUGUGCUUGGUAUAUUGCGGGUGAACUCUGCGGGAGAGAGUGGCCGGACCGGGUUCCAUCCGCUUCAUUUUUUCCGCGUGACAUUCAAGAGUGUCUGUACUUCCUCUAUGAUCGUCAACAUUCUAUGGCCUGUCGUCCUUCCGGCUAUUGUUAUGCAUUUCGCCCGCCCCGACCUCCAUGUGGUGGUUUUCAUUCUCAACUACAUCGCUAUGGUACCCGCCGCAAAUGUGCUCGGCUUUUCUGGAUCAGAGCUGGCGAAAAAGCUGCCGAAGACCUUUGGUGUCUUACUAGAAACCACGAUAAGUUGCGGAGUCGAACUCGUCUUGUUCAUGGUACUGCUUCACAACAAUAAGAAUAAUCCGAAUCUGGAUUUAAUUCCGGUCAUUCAAGCCGCCAUUCUCGGAUCCAUUCUGGCGAAUUUGCUUCUUUGUCUUGGGAUGUGCUUCUUUGUGGGUGGUCUGAAACGAACAGAGCAAGCCUUCCAUGAAGCGAUCGGCGAAGUUGGGUCUGGUCUGCUGCUGGUGGCUGGGUUCGGUCUUUUAAUUCCAACAGCCUUCUUCACGGCGCUCAAGGGGUCGACGACAGCCAGGUUCACAAUUGCAGAGCUGAAGGAUGCGACAACCAAAAUUAGCCAAGCAACUUCCGUUAUUCUUCUGGUUGCUUUCUUAGCCUUCAUCACCUUCAACUUACUCAGCCACAACUCUAUAUUCGACGACAUUCUGGAGAUAGACGAGCAUAACAGCAAAGAUCACAAGAAAGAAGCCUCCAGAACGAAGUUGACCUUUUUGGAAGCGGUGAUCGCUCUUGCGAUUUCACUGACGUUCGUCUGUAUGUGUGCGGUCUUCUUGGUGCAGGAGAUUGAAUAUAUCGUCGAACUGGGGGUUUCAGAUAACUUUAUGGGUCUCAUCUUGGUCCCGCUUGUUGAAAAGGCCGCCGAGCAUCUGACAGCCGUGGACGAAGCCUGGGAUAACCAGAUCAACUUUGCACUGUUUCACUGCCUGGCCCCCUCCAUCCAAACGGCUCUUUUGAACGCACCUCUGGCUGUCAUUGUUGGCUGGGGCCAGGGUCAGGGUACGGGUGGAGAGGGCUCGCCCAUGACUCUGAACUUCGAGAUCUUCAUGGUUGUUCUCCUAGUCCUGUCUAUCCUGGUGGUUGGAAACUUCCUGAGAGAUGGAAAAUCCAACUGGCUCGAAGGGUUCCUUUGUGUGCUCGUCUAUAUCAUCAUCGCUGUGACUACCUGGUAUUACCCAUCUGUCAAGCUUGCCUCAACCAAUUCCGCUUGA